CUCGAGGCAUCCGCGAGGACCCCGGCGCGGGGUUCCUCCCACGCAGCCUCCCAUUCAAAAGAUGCCGAAGGGGCGGCGCGGCCGCCAGAGCCCCACGAUGAGCCAGCGGCCAGCCCCUCCCCUCUAUUUCCCGUCCCUCUACGACCGCGGCAUCUCCUCGUCCCCUCUCAGCGACUUCAACAUCUGGAAGAAGCUCUUUGUGCCGCUGAAGGCAGGCGCGGCGGCGGGGGGCCGGUCCCUGCCUCAGGCGUCCCCGGCCCCGAUGCCCCCGCCGCCACCACCAGGCCUGGGUCCCCCCAGCGAGCGCCCCUGUCCCCCGCCCUGGCCCUCUGGCCUGGCCUCCAUCCCCUAUGAGCCUCUGCGCUUCUUCUACUCGCCGCCUCCGGGGCCCGAGGUGGCUGCCUCGCCCCUGGCCCAAUGCCCCACGACCUCCCGGCUCGCCUCUGCCUCCCACCCCGAGGAACUGUGCGAGCUGGAGAUCCGGAUUAAGGAGCUGGAGCUGCUCACCAUCACUGGGGACGGCUUCGACUCCCAGCGCUAUAAGUUCUUGAAGGCGCUGAAAGAUGAAAAGUUACAAGGACUGAAGACCAGGCAGCCUGGAAAGAAGUCAGCCUCUCUCUCCUGAGGAGCUGCCCACCGAGUCCGGGUAGCCACCUCCUUAGGCGUUAGUGCUUAGAUAAUGUGUCCUGUUUGUUGUCAUUUCAAAGAUUGUUAUUUUCUGUUCUGUAUUUACUGCUGUUCUUGUUGCUUCCAGCAUGUACUCCACAUAC